CCCUCAGAAUCUCUAGAAGUCACGUGUUCUUGUCUGGAUAACUCCGCAUCGCAGCCGCUUGUGAGAGGGUGUGGUAUGGCCUUGAACGGGAGAAACUCAGUGCCACAUACGCCACAUACUUCGGUUUCUUUCGGGUACGACAGUGCUCUUUCCGUUCCUGGUGUUCCGUGUGUUCCUGUGAUUUCUUUCUUCGGAUAAUAAUAUGAGCUACCCGGGUUAUCCAGGCUACCCUACAUACCCCCAGGCUGGCUCUGGGAUUCCUCCCUCAAAUCCAAACUAUGAAACUUCAUCCUUGAGUUAUCCUUUAAACCCCGGAUACCCUGGAUCAUCACCUUAUCCUCCUCAGUCAUUUGGAGCGCCACCACAAUCAUCCCCAUAUCCUCCAUUCUCAAAUCAAUCAAGUCCAUAUUCAUUUGGAUUUAAUGCUCCACCAACAUCAUUUGCACCACCAGUGCCAAUGCAGAAUUGCCCAUACCCCACAACCACAACAAGUCAGCCUCUGCCAUACCAAACUUCUGGUGAUCCUUCUCAAUCUUAUCCCGGAAUACCUCCAUUGGCACAACCUUACCCCUCAGGUCCUAAUGUGCAACCUUAUCCACAGGUUCCCAAUACUUCAGCGUACCCUCCAAUGCAGAAUUCUUCACCUUAUCCUUCAGUGCCUUCCACUACUCCCCAGAUGAGUAGCCCAUACCCUCAAAUGGGGCAGACAAGCGGACAGACAGCUCAAGCGCACCAGAACUUUCAAUCUAAUCUCUCUUGCUCAGUCAUGUCAACUUAUAAAAAGGGAACACCGACAGUGCGACCAGCUCCAGAUUUUAAUCCACGUAAUGAUGCCGAGAUUCUUCGGAAAGCUAUGAAAGGCUUUGGUACUGAUGAAAAAGCCAUUAUUAAUGUUUUAUGUAAACGAACAAAUGCUCAGAGAUUGGAAAUUGGUGUACAAUUCAAAACACUAUAUGGCAAAGAUCUCAUUAAAGACCUGAAGAGUGAAUUAAGUGGCAGGUUUGAAGAUUUAAUUCUUGCUCUUAUGACCCCCCUUCCUCAGUUUUAUGCUUUGGAAAUUCACGAGGCAUUGAGUGGCUUGGGAACAGAUGAGCAGUGUCUAAUUGAAGUGCUUUGCACUUUAAAUAAUCAUGAAAUCCGUACAGUGCGUGCAGCAUAUGAAAGCAUGUAUAAGAGAUGUCUUGAGGAUGAUUUGGCCAGUGAUACUUCCGGAAAUUUCAAGAGGCUUUUGCGGUCUCUGUGCAUUGGCAAUAGAGAUGAAAGUUAUGCUGUCGACCCAGCAGCAGCUGCCCAGGAUGCACAAGCAUUGUUGAGGGCUGGUGAGCUUCGUUUCGGAACUGAUGAAUCCACUUUUAAUGCAAUUUUGUGUUCCCGGAGCUAUCCUCAGUUGAUGCAAAUUUUCAUAGAAUAUGAGCGCCUCACUGGGCAUGAUUUCCAAAAAGCUAUAAAGAAUGAAUUCUCAGGUGACAUUGAAGAAGGUCUAUUGGCAAUAGUAAAAUCUGUUCGUAAUAAGGCUGGAUUCUUUGCGGAACGUCUUCAUGAUAGUAUGGCUGGAAUGGGAACCAAAGACAGAACUCUUAUUCGCAUCUGUGCCACUCGCUGUGAAGUUGACAUGGCAGAUAUUAAGGAAGCAUUUGGCAGCCUUUAUGGAAAAACUCUUGAGAGUUUUAUUGCAGGAGAUACUUCAGGUGAUUACAAGAAGGCUCUUCUUGCUCUUAUUGAAGGGUAGACAUCUCAACGGUUUUAAGUUAAAAUAUGGAAACCUAAAUUGAAUAUCUAUUACGAUGUACUUAAAUGUUUGAAGCUUCUAUUGUCUUCCUCCGUUAUAUUUGAUACUAGCUUUCAUGGCAAAUAUAUUUUUUAUUAUCUAUAUAUGGAAAAUAAUACUGCAGAAUUACACGUUACAUUUGGGUAACUUUAACCGCAUCAUCAUCAGAAUGUUAUUGGCAAAGAAGGAUGCCAGUAGCAGGAUGGUUAAAAAAAGAAUAUCACGAUGCAUCACAAUGAAUCUCAGUUAAAUGCAAGUAGAUAUCUUAAAUGCAAGUAGAUUUUGUUUUCUUAAUGAAUAUAUUUCUUUAGGUAGCAAUUAUUUCUUAAUUAUCUGUCUACUUAAUAAGUUGACUUUUUUUGAGUUUUGUUGUAGACUCCCAAGUGAUCAUUAAUGUUAGAAGAUAUAUAUAAAUAUAUAUAUAAAAUAUAUAUAUAUAUAUAUAUUUGGUUAUAUUUUGUACAAAUCAACAUAUGAGCUAGUCCUCUUAAGAUCACAUACUACGUUGACAGCAUUAAACUGCAAACCGUUCAAGUUUUCUGAAUUGUAUGUUGUCAAAAAUUUUAAUUAUGGUUAGUAUCAAUCUACUUAAAAUUAUAUAUACCAGUUACUGGGAUAAUUUAAUGCAUUUAUUUUUGUACUUACUAAGUAAAUAAGAAUUUAUUGAAUAGCUACAGUGCAGUAAAGUCAGUCAAUUUUGAAAAUCCUUCUCUACAUUUCGAAGAAACAAGUUUGUGGAAACAGGCAAGACUUUGUUGCACUGGGAAAACUUUGUUCUCUAAGAAAGAUAUUUACAAUUGUUAUUUGUUCAAAUUAUUUUACAAUAACUUUGUACUCAAUUCUGACAAAUGUAUUACAAUGUUUCAUCAUGAAUGUAAGUUCCAAGUUGGUUAUAAAAGAAUCUCAUGAUAUAUCAUUACAAAUCUCAGUUAAACAUGGAUAGAAGUCUGUAUUGUUUUUAGAGUAUAUAUUAUAGUAAUUUUGUUAUAAACCAUUUAAUUGUUAUAUUUUUGUACAAGACAACAUGUGAACUAGAUGUUUAUGUUGACAGCGUAAGACUGCAAAUAGUUGAUGAAGUUUUCUGAAUUGUAUGUAGGCAAACAUUUUAAUUAUGGUUAGUAUUAAUCUACUUAAGAUUAUGGGAAAAUUUAAUGCAUUUAUUUUUGUACUUACUGAGUAAAUAAGAAUGUAUUAAAUAGUUACAGUGCAGAAAAGUCAGUCAUUUAAAUUUUUUAAAUCUUUGUCUACAUGUAAGAGAAUGAAAACAAGUAUGAGAAAUCCUGCAAGACUUUGUUGCACUGGGAAAAAUUUGUUCUCUAAAAAUGAAGUUAACAAUAUGUUAUGUGUUCAAAUUAUAUUUCACUGUAACUUCAUUCUCAAUUCUGACAAUUUAAUUGUGUUUUAUCUACUGCUUUGGAAAUUACUGAUAAACUAACCAAUUCUGGAGUUACAUGAGAAAUAUAGGAUUUUCCAAACCACAAUUGGUAUUUACUAGCAGUAUUCUCUGUGUGCAAAUAAUUAAUAAUUGGUAAAUAUUGAUGUUAAUAGAAUAAGUUAAGAACUAUUAAUGGAUUUCACAAGAACUCAGAGAAUGUCAUGUUAAUAUGGCAAAUAGUAAAUAGUCAAUUUUAAGCUAGUAUAAAAAUGCUUAAAAUUUCCAGGCAAAUAGAGUAGCUCAAGCAACGUUGAUUUGUUCAGAGUCAAUCAGAAUAAAAAGUCAUAGGAAAAAGGAAAGAUCAUAUUAGUUAAUUCUUUAACUCUAGUAAAAGAACACAUUUUGAUAGUUUUAUUGCUUCAUGGUAAAUACGCAAUAUAAAAUCUUUCCUUUAACUAAAUUAAACUUUUCUGGUUGAAAUUUAAAUGGGAAUUAUUUGUAUGUAGAUUUGGACAAAUAUCUAAUUUUUACUUAAUCCUAAUGUGGUUUCUAUUAAGUUCCUGUUUUAAUUAAAAAUGUAAUGUAAGUCCCAAAAAAUGUUGCUGAAUAAUACUAACAAUCUUGAAAGCACUAUAAUCAGUAUCUGCACUACACAAUGUCGAUAUCAGCACAGUGAUUUGUGCUGAUUCUGAUGUUACUACUGAUCGAAAGUUUAUGGCCAUUGGCAAGAUGCAAGUACACCUAACCCAAUUUUAUUGCUUUUUAAAUGUAGAGAAUGCAUGAGCCAUCUGCAAGUAGAUGCACUUUUGUCGUUGGGGGCCUAAGCUCACUGGCGGAUCGGGGGGGGGGGGGACUUGGCUCUCCUCCAAAUAGCAUUGAGUUCUUGUUUACCUUCCUUCAUUUGGCAAAGCUGAUUUAAAUAUUUAAUUAUACUCGAAUUGUAUAAUUAUUGAAAUAGUAAUAUUGCAUAGUGUCAUAUGUAUAGUCAAAAAAAUAUAAAAACAAAUAUCUUUAUUAUUUAACAAAAAUCUACAAUGAACCCCCCUGCCUAAGCUCUUCAACAUAGUCCAAAUUUUCAUCUUAACCAUUUUCAAUAAUUGAUCUUAAAAACAAAGAAAAGUAAAGAACAUUGUUGAAAAUGAAGUUAUACAUGUUGAAAUAACUUGAAAAUAUUAAGAAGCUAUGCUGUAUAUCUUAUUUUGAUUUUGUUAUUUUUUGCAAGCCAUGGGCGAAUUGAGAAAAUAUUUCAGUGAGAAUCAAUUUCAGUUCACAUUGAUUGCAUUAUUUAAUUUUUUUUUAAUUGUUAGCUUGCAAUAAAAACUAUGCUAAUAUAUUAUUCAUAAUGAUGAGAAUUUUUUCCUGAAAGUCCUUGACUUAUAUUAUAAAUUGAAUUCAGAACCUUAGAGGGCAAGUAAUAACGACACCUGGAUGUUAAGUUCUAUAUUUUAAUAUAAUAAUUCUUGAGUGCUUAAGGCCAUACCUCCUCAGGUACUGGAAUAAAAAUCAGUAUUCUACAAAGAAAAGAUGUAUAAAGAUCCAACACUAUAUAACUUCAUAGACAGAGCAACUGAAUUACAAUAAUACAUAUGUGUUAUUGUAAUUUGUACAUAUGUAAUUACAAAAUAUAAAUUAAUAUUUUGGUAAAUGGAGAUUCUACUGCAUUUCAAUUUAAAUACAUUAAUUUGCAUAGUUUGCUUCUGCAACAAACACUCUGGGUGGAUAGCUUUUAGCAUUUUUCAGCUUUCCUGAUAACUUUUUCAAUUUCACCUACUUAAUAGAUAUUCACCUAUUUGCCAAGUCAUCUGCAGCCUGCUAACCAGGCAGUCACCCUCCCAUAUUUAAAAUCUUUAUCUUUUGAAUGCCUGUAAAAAAACAACUUAUUAAAGUUAAUUACAUUUAUCUGUGUAGAGAUAAUUGUUUACUAAAUAAUAGUGCCUGCUAUUUCAAUUUGUAAAAUGUACAUGUGAUUGAUGGUGCUCAUAUUUGUAUUUCAAAACUGCAAUGUAAUGAUUGAAAACGUUUCUUAAUUUCAAGUUGCAUGCAAUAACAUUUAUAGGAUUUUAUUGCUUUUAAAGAAUAUCAUUAGCAUACAAUAAAUCUGCCUUGCCCACAGACCAUUAUAUAUUUUUUCUCUUGAUGUGGAAAUAAAAUACAAGUCUAUACAAGUUGUAUAUCACUUGUGAAGCAAUCAAAUUUUAUUAACAUUAAUUGAAAAUUGACAAAUUGUAUAUUGGAACAUUCUAAGAGAAUGUUUGGAAGUUUUGUUUGUCAAAGAGGAUUUGUAUAUUAUUAGGUGAAUCCAGCCUAGUGAUUGUGAGGCAUGUAACUACAAUUUGAUGGAUAUAGUAAUUUAGAAAGUGAUUAAUAUAGUAGUAUAGGAAGUGAUUACAACAGAAGGGCAGAUUCAUGGGUGGGAUUUCAAAAGGAAUGCAAAAUACAUUCAUAUUUAUAAUUCAAAAUUUUAAACUAAUGAUAAUUUUGUUUAAAAACUGUUAAUAUUUGGCUCCAAUUAUUAGGAGUAGCUUUAAAGAAGUAGUAACUGUGUUAUCCGAAACCGCUUUUGGAAAGAGGUCUGUAAGUUAUAGGUUUUUUUCUUUUUUAAAAUUUAUUUAUUCAAGCCUGGCUGUUGGCCUUCUGCAGCUGCAUAAGACAAAUAGAUUGAUAUAGGAUAUUUGCAAGAUAUCAUUUCAUACAUAAUAUACAAAAUUUUAGGUAGAGAUAAUAAUUUAUGAAGCUGUAACUUAUUCUCUCUCAUUUACUUUAUAAAAAGGGGAGAAAUUGCUGUCCCACCCCUCUUACACUUGCUGGCUCUGCCCUUAUAGCAACUGUGAUACACCAUAAAAAGGUUGAGAAAGUGAUAAUUACAUUAAGAGAGCCCAUUCACCUACCUUUGAUUGAAAGAGUAAAAUUAAGUGUUGUAAAUGUAUUAUGCAAGUGAAAAAAUUGUUAUUUACACCUAAAUCAUGUGUGUUAUUAAAAGAAGUUGGUUUAAAAGAUAUGCACAUGUUCUGUAAAAUGAAUUGCACAUAAUUAUUGGUGGUACAAAAAUGAGCGUGCUGAAACGAUUAGUUUGACAGGGUAAUAUUUCCCAAGCGGAAUGUUCUUUAUAAUAAUGUACAAUAUUGUUGCUGAUAUAUAAUAACAAUAUUACGUUUAGAAUAUUAUGUUGGGUUUUAGAUGGAAAAUUACAAUUAUGUCUUCGGUCACUUUUUACUGGUAAAUGGGAUAUGUCUUUUAAUAUUCUUUGUUUCUUCAAUUUGUUGUGAAAAUGCGUCUGUUAUUGCUUUUUGUUUUUUAAUACUUUGUUCCUCAGAGUGUUGAAUUUUGUCCAACAGCUUUACUUUUUCAAAAGGUAUACUUAUAUUCAUUGGUGUGCUAUCUUUGCUUCUUGGCUCUUUAAUCCAUCUCUGGAGUGUCUUCAUCUUGUUUAUGAAACCGCUCUUAACAUUUGAGACAAGUAACCAUUUUUAAUUCCCAGGGUUAAGUUGAUGACAGAUAAAUUCUUUCAGUUGAUGUAAGUACAGCUUGUGCUUCAAUUUCAUUAUUAAAGAUAUUCAGAAAUGAGUAAUUUGUGAGAAGUAUUUAGUGGUUCCGAUUCAUUCUGAAAUUGAAUUGUGGACAGAGAAUAAUUAGCAGAAGCUUAAUUACCCUCAUUCCUGAAUUGUUUUGGCAAAAGAUAAAGUUAACUAAUUUUUUCUUCUUCUUCUUAAAGUUUAUUUUGUUAAUGAACUGUUCCUGCUUUCAAUCAUGUAUUCCUAUUAAAAUAGAAUUUGAGAACUGUUUGUAGGACAGAAUCCAAUGCAUGAGUGCUGGUGUUAAAAUUCAGUGCACUAUUGAUGAUAGGUGAAUGUUAGGUUAACUUCAAGCAAAUUAUUAUGGGUAAUGAACUUGAAUAUUAUGAAAAGAAGAUGUCUGAUUAACUUAAUGAUGUAAAUUUUAUUAUAUAUUGUGAAGUGCCUUUUUAAAAAAUUAAAUAUAAUGAAACCAUGGUACAAUAUAAAGGACUAUUUAGCAUUUUUAAACAUUUUGUGUAAUUGUUCUUGUGGUGCUCAGUUAGCUUCUUAGAUAUUUCUGUGCAGGAAAUUGAAAUAAAGUCUUAAAGAAAUGUUUAUUCCUGGUUUCUGUAUUUUCCCCUAGUUUACUGCUAUAAUUGCAAUUAUUCCUGAUUCAGUUUAAGAUGCUACAUUUUAUGUGAAAGAUUUCAAUGGGUGAAAAUC